AUGCGCCGUGACUAUCGUCUUGGUGGAAUUGUUAGUUUUUUGAAAAAUUCCGAAAGAUCUUCAAAUAUUGCAACACUUAUCUGCAUGAAUUAUAUGAAAAUACAAAAAUUAAAUAUUAAACUAAAUGGAAAAUCUGAAGAAUGUAGCUAUAUGUUACCUAGGAAAUUAUUUAAAGAAUUAGAAAACGUCAAAGAUGCAGAGAAAAAUUGGAAAUAUCUUUUGAAAUCUAGAUAUCAGGAAUUUUUAAUGACUGACACAAGUGAUAAUGAACAAAUGCAAUAUAUUGAAAUAUAUAAUAUUAAUACUUCAAAGUUGAUGAACGUUUUUCACAGACAUCAUGGAGAAGACGAUUUUUUAAUUUCAAGAAAUAAUGAACCUGGAAUUUUUGCAGUGUCAACUGAUUCAAGAUUAUUUGCUUAUUCUUAUGGUGAUAAUGUCAUUGUACUUUAUUUAAUGGAAAGUGGCCUUGAAAUUGUUUCAAAAAGAUUUGACAGUGUUUGUAAAAUUAAAUUUUUAGAAUUUAUUGAAAAAGAUAAAAAAUUAUUCAUUAUCGAAAAAGACAAAGAUGGUUCUGUUAAAUUUCAUAUUUGGCUUAUAUUAGGAUGUCUAAAUGAUUACUUUCCUAAUAUUUCUAAAGAUAAUAUUACUCUAUCAGAAACUCCUCUAUCAGAAAAUGAUAUUUCAACUCUAUUGAAUUGUAGCGAAUAUUAUCAUAUUUUAACAAAAGCAAAUGGGACAAUAGUAUUUCUUAACGACAAGGAAUUUAGAAUUAUAUUAGAUACAAAUAUAAAAAAGACCACUAUUGGAGAAAGUGACAGGGUGACCGAUGAGCAUGAAUAUAAUUCACAUGAUUUAGAGCCAUGGAAUCAGAAUAAUAGUAAGCGUGUUAUUGGUAAAUUUCUUAAUAACGAUAAGAGUGCUCUUCUUAUAACUGGUCAAAAUAGUAUCCAAGUCUGGAAACCUAAGUCUAAAAAUUUCAAAAAUUUGAAUGAUUUCAAAAAUUUUGAGAAUUCGAAUCUCGUUUAUAUUCUUAUAAUUGAGCGUAAUCCACCAAAGUUUCAAAUUAAUGAUGAUAUGACUACUAUUAUAACUCAUGCAUGUAAAUCGCUCACUUAUUUAUAUAUGCAUACAAAGGAUAUUACUUCUAAAAAAAGGAAUCAAAAAUUUGUUAGUGGAACUAUAAAUAUUAUUAAAGAUUUCAUUAAAAAGUAUCCUGAUAAUUGGAAACUUAUGGAAGUUCAAUAUCCUUUAAUGGCAUACUUAAUUUAUUCACGUUCAUUUUCUUUAAUCAAAUAUAUUCUAUUUGAUAAUAAUGACCCUCAAGAGAAAAGUGCUAAAAAGUUACAUAGGCCCCAAAGUCGAUACGGUUCUUAUCCAUAUUAUAAUGAUUUGGAAUCGUAUCUGAAACUGUAUGUUGAUUCGGAUUUUUGUUUAAAAUCAGCUAAUAAUUUAGAAUUAUCUUUAUUAAUAUGUAAAUCUCGUGAUUCUCGUCGAAAUCGAGAUUCUGUCAUGUUGGCAUAUUUAUUAGAGUAUUAUUCUGAAAAUUCCAUGGCUCAUAUUGGUUGGAUGAUUAAUGUUACAAAGAUUCUGCCAAAAUUAUCCGAACAUGGUUAUGAUAACUAUUUGAAUUCAUUAUACUAUAAACCUUGUUUCGGAGAAAUGAAAUAUAACUUUUCAAGCAAUAUAUUUCAAACAUUGGCUAAUAAGGAUACAUUAAAAGUAUAUGUACCACUUACGCGACUUAUACCAAUAAAUUCUUUUAAUAUUUUCAAUUAUGCAACAAUAAGUGAUGAUAUAUUGUCCGAUAUUUAUAUGGUUCCACUUCCAAAUUUUACAACUUAUGAUCCAAAAAUUAAAGCAAAAACUGGAAUUGUAUAUUUUUUGAGAAAAAUCUUAUUUCCACCUGGUUACAAAAAUUUAGAUAAUAAUAAAUUUAGUUCUUUUCUUAAAAUUGAAAAGAAAAAAGGCUUAUUUUCUUUUCUUUCUUGGUGGUCGUAUUUAAGUGAUAAGGAGGAUUUGUAUUUUAGUGAUGUGAGGGAAUUUGUACCUAAACAUAUAAUUGGUCUAUUUUACUAUACUGGAAUAUAUUUACUAGCGAUUGAAUUUUCGCAAAUGAAGAAGUUUGUUCUCUUUGGUCAUCCAUCAUUUACUAAUCUGAAUCCAUCAAAUCCAACUUUUACAUUAAAAAAUGGAAAUGAAACUGAGAAUUUAACUUUAACAGAGACCAAUCCGGAUAAUCCUUUUGAUACAAUGUGGAACGCUAUACUUUCCACAUACUAUUGGAGUACACUUAAUUUGAAUGUUUAUGAAUAUUGGCCGCUAAAGUUAUUAUUCUUCUUAGCUCAUGUUACUUUAGUUCUUGUUUUAUUAAACAUGAUCAUUGCAUUAAUGAAUGGCGAAUUUAAUAAAGCUAAAGAAGAUGGUAAACUUGGACUUUUAAUGUAUAGAGAAGAACUUAUUAAUGAUUAUGAAAGGCUUGAUGAUCCCUUUAGCAAUCAAUUAUAUAAUGAUUCACCAUAUAUUUGUUUUCUCCGAGAUUCCGAUUUAAUGAAAAAAUGGAUAAGUAAAUCUCAAGAACUUAAAAAAACAAAAUUGUAUUCAUGGUUCAGUGAGAGUACUGGUGUUGAUGAAGAAAAGAUAACUUUUAGUGAUGAUGAUGAAAAUAUUAAAUCUUGGUAUAAAGCAUUCAUAUCAAGUAAUGAAAAUUAA